AUGAGCUUCAAAUUUCCAGAUCUCUAUUCCAUCAUACCAUAUCUCACAACUCAGAAAUCCAAGAUCUCACCAUGUAUUCUUGCUGCACAAAGCGUACCUCCGAAAGAAGGACUUCUAGACGUCGCUUACAUUGAUGCUACUAACAAGCGAUUAAGAUCUAGCAGGAUGCACAAGAUUAGAGGAGAGUUUCAAGAAGAUUUACCUAAGCGAAGACCACUUCUCUUUUCUUCAGAUAACUCCGCGACUGCUUUCGCCUGCCUUCAAUAUGAUGAACAUGAUCCAAAUAUUCUUCAGAUUUGUGAUGAAAGCGCGAAAGCCGACUUUGAAGCUUGA